AUGUCGAACGACAAGGGCAGCAACAACGGGCAACGAUCAGACGGCAGGAACCACCAGAAGGACUCUGCUGGCAGAUUCGGGAUGGGAACGUCCAACCUGCGACCCACACAUGUACUGGCCAAAAUAAACAGAGACUCGUUUCUGCGAACCCGCGCUUCUAUGAACAUCACGACAGCAUGCUACGUGUACGAGCCGUGGCACUCAUCGAAUCCCAUGAAGAACUGCUUGCAUCAUUACCUGCACAUCGUUGCGCAAGCAAUUGCUCGACUCGUUCGGCUCCAGCAUGCUGGACCUAGGAUAUUAACAUCAAACCCAAUAAGUAUGCACGUGCAGUGA